AUGGGGGAAAACAGGGUCCGUAUGAGCCUCCGGACCAAUGGAAAUGCGGAGGCGGAGGUGGCCUCCCUGAACAGGCGCAUCCAGCUGGUGGAGGAGGAGCUGGACCGGGCUCAGGAGCGGCUGGCCACGGCGCUGCAGAAGCUGGAGGAGGCCGAGAAGGCCGCGGACGAGAGCGAGAGGUGGGGCGGAGGGGGAUUAGCAUCCGUCUAG